GUGUGUGUCAGUCUAAUAAGACGUGGAAAGAAGGAAAUCUCGUCCUUUGGUUGCAGAACUCUCCGAAAACCCGACUGCUGUUAAAUCCAGUGUUUUGGACCAUGGGUGGUAAUUAUGUGCUAGCAGUUAUGGUGGGCGUGGCCAUCCUUCUGGAGGCUGUCCAAUGUGACGUGAGCUGCAAAGGGGCGGAUGGCCAUCCAGGAGACAGCGGAACCUCGGGCAGAGAUGGAUUACGUGGAGCCAAAGGAGAGAAAGGAGAGCCAGCUACGAUGGCUGCUGGUCCAGUGGACCUGGACGUCCUACUGAGGCUGAAGGGGGAGACGGGGAGUCGAGGCGUGCAAGGACCCAUAGGCCCAAAAGGUUUCCGUGGUGAUUUGGGGGCAGCGGGUAGCCCGGGCCUCCCAGGUCCCCCCGGCCCAGACGGGAAGGGUAUCGGCCAAGGACAACACGCCUCUCACCAGGACGCCCAUUCGGCCUUCUCAGUGAUCAGGACCGAGCGCCGCUACCCUCCCUACAGCCAGAUAGUAACCUACCAGGAAACUGUGGUCAACAUAAAUAAUGAUGUUAGCACCGCCACAGGCAUUUUCACCUGCAGAAUAUCUGGCACCUAUUACUUCAACUUCCAGUCUAUGGCCAAGGUCAGCAUGUGCUUGUACAUAGCCUACGAUGACUCGACUGAUCCUCCUCAACAGAAAAAGCUGGGAUUCUGCGAUUACAACAGCAAAUCAAGCCAGAACAUCGGUCAGGUGCUGACGGGUGGUGUGGUUUUAAACCUCGCACCGGGACAGAGGGUCUGGCUGGAGUCCUUCAGGGACCAGCAGGGAGACAACGAUCUACGGGACGGCAACGAGAAAAAGAUCAUCUUCAACGGCUUCCUGCUCUUCCCAAAUCCAGUGUGAAGUCGCAUAUUCGCUGAAGGCUGGAGUCGGCGCUCAAACGUCAGACUGCACCACUUCAUCAGUUUAAUGUCUAAAAUCCUCUGAUUGAUAUUUUAAAAGCAGCAGCGCAGCACUGACACGUUUUCCUCCUGUAUGUCGCUCAUUUCCCUGAUCUCUUUGUUCCAUUCUGACUGUAUCCUCACACUGAUUGUUGGUGCUGAUAAAACAAAAAUAAAGUUUAUUAUUUAGUGCGAA